AUGUUUUGUUCCUGUUCCUCUUUCUCCGCUUUUGGUUGGCGCCGUGUUGGAAGCAUUAAACAAAGCGACCAUUCCUCUCUAGCCUUAGCACAUGAACGUUUAACUACAAAACUUGAACUUGGAGGUGUGCAGGUUGUGUAUACUGCAAGUUUGAGUGGGGAGAGUAAUGACCAGGCAAUUGAAGCAGAAUUGGAUGAAUUGAAGCACAGAGAUGUUCACAUAUUUAUUGCCGAUCUCAGCCGUUCUCUAGCUCUCCGUGUAUUUUGUGUUGCCUUCCGUUUAGGCCUCUAUGGAAAUAAUUUUGCUUGGAUUCUCCCAGGAUUUAAAAUUUCUCCAGACGGGACAAUAAAUAAUUUUUGGUGGCAAAAUAAUUAUUUAAAUAUUCAAACAAAUUGUUCUUUGGAAGAAAUUGAAGAAGUUUUAACUGGACAUUUUGCUUUAGAUCAAGCACUUAUACGGCCUUAUGAGAAAGGAAAAGAAGAAAUUUUGGCUAGUGGGAAGACUCCAACCCAAAUUCUCGAAGAAUUCCACCAAAAUUGUUUACAAGAAUAUGGUUCAAAUACAGAAUGUCAAACAGAUUCAUUAGCACAUUCAUCUUACGCUUAUGAUGGAAUUUUGGCUUUAGGCUUGGCUUUAAAUAAAAGUUUGAUUUUAAAAAAAGGAGAGGAAGAAGAAGAAUUUGAAAUUGACAAAAAACUUUUUGUUUCAAAAAUGAGAAAAACAGAUUUUGAAGGUUUAAGUGGAAGAGUUCGCUUUGAUGAUAAAGGGGAAAGGCUUGGAUUGGUACAAAUACAACAAUUAAUUAAUGGUUCGUAUUCAAUUAUUGGAUUUCUGGAUAAUGCUGAAGGACGAUUUCAGUUAAACAAGGAUAUAGAUUGGAUUCCACCAGCCGAUUCAACACUUUUAUUGCGUAGAAGAGAAUAUGUUUCUGCACUUUUAUUAAUAAUAAUGUGUUCAUUAGCUUUUGCUGGUAUUUGUUUGGCUUUGAUUUUUUUGAUUGUUAAUAUUAAAUUUAGAAAUCACAGAUUUAUAAAAAUGUCCAGUCCGGUAUGUUUUUUUUAA